UCACCCACGCACUCACUACACUGUUUGGAAAGAAAAGACACUCCCGACGUUUCAACUGGUUACCUGUCAAUACUUCAGGAGCACCGGGUUUCUAGUUUCGAUUUAACUUCUUUUUUCCUGUCUGAAAUGACUAUGAAGCCGGCGUCGUUGAGAAGACUGGGAAUUAAAUUUCACUCUCGGUCCAACAGUUUCUUCUAAGUGAACGGUGCACCGGGAGUAAUCUCAAGCGCCUUUUCUCAAACCUUGGAGGAAGAAACACCUCUUGCAAUUCAUUUGCGUGAGGAGGAUAUAUUUUUUAGCCAUUUUUAGCUUAACUCUUCUUUACGUGUUGACUUCCCCCACCUCCUCGACCUCGGAGGUGGCGACCUGAAGUCGGGGCGACCACUUGGAGAGGGUGGCCCUCUGAAAAAUGGAGGCUGUUAUCGAAAAGGACUGCAGUGCACUUGGGGGACUCUUCCAAACUCUUAUCGGAGACAUGAAGAGUGGCUACCCUAUUUGGGAAGACUUUAUCACCAAGGCCGGAAAACUACAGUCACAGUUCAGAGCCACUGUGGUCGCCUUGGCUGCCUUCUUGGAUGCCUUUCAGAAAGUGGCUGACCUGGCAACCAAUUCAAGAGGAGGCACCAGAGACAUCGGAUCAGCUUUGACCAGGAUGUGCAUGAGACAUCGCAGCAUUGAAGCUAGAUUCAAACAGUUCUCCAUGACCUUUCUGGAGGCUCUGAUCAACCCCCUACAAGAACAGACGGAAGAAUGGAAAAGAGGUGUCUACACUUUGGAUAAGGACCAUGCCAAAGAUUAUAAGAAAGCUCGACAGGAGAUCAAGAAAAAGUCAUCAGACACACUUAAACUUCAGAAGAAAGCAAAGAAAGGUCGUGGCGAUAUCCUACCCCAGUUGGACUGCGCGAUGCAGGAUGUCAGUGACAAAUACAUUCUUCUGGAAGAAAUUGAGAAAGAGGCCCUCAGGAAAGCACUAAUAGAAGAAAGACAGAGAUUUUGCUCUUUUGUAGCUAUGCUGCACCCUGUAGUGGAUGAAGAGAUUUCAAUGUUGGGAGAGAUCACCCAUCUCCAGGCAAUCUCUGAUGAUCUCAAAUCUCUAACCUCUGAUCCCCACAAGCUCCCCCCUGCCAGUGAACAAGUGAUCUUGGAUCUUAAAGGUUCAGACUGUAAUUGGUCAUACCAAACUCCCCCCUCAUCCCCUAGCACCACUACAUCCAGGAAGUCCAGCAUGUGCAGUAGUCUAAACAGUGUUAACAGUAGUGACUCCAGGGGCUCAAACGGCUCUCACUCUCAUUCUCCUUCCUCCUCUUCUUCCUCCUCUUCCUCAAACCACCUCCUCCAUCAUCAUCAUCAUCAACCUCGCCAACGGUUCCGCAGCUCCACGUUAUCCCAGCAGGCCCCAGCUCGCCUUUCCAGCGUCUCCUCCCAUGACUCUGGCUUCAUGUCUUCAUCGCAUGACCAGCACACAUCUUCCAAGUCAUCAUCACCAAUGCCAGCUAAAAGCAAGCCUUGUGCCAGUUCCAGCUCCUCUGAUAUGUCAGAGUCCGGGCACCUUCACAGUGAGUUGAUCGGUGGUCCCACUCCACUAGCAGCAGCAACUGUUGCUACACUUCCGCUCUCUAUUGACAAGUUGUCCAAUGGCUUUGACCACUACAGCCCGGCUAACUCACCUAUCAAUGGUGGGAGUUUAAGCUCAGGCUCCAGCACAGCCUUCCCGUUCUUCCCUCCCUCCUCCACUUCAUCCUCCUGCCCAACACGGUCAUGGUCACGUCCCGCCUCAGCACUGCUGCCAGACUUCCCUCACAACUGCCCGAUGGGCUCUCUCAUGGUCCCUUCCUCUCGUGUUCCUAGCUGGAAGGACUGGGCAAAGCCAGGGCCAUAUGACCAGCCAAUGGUAAAUACAUUGCGAAAGAAGAAGGAUAAGGUGUCUCCAGCUGUAUUGGACAGUAAUGGUGUAACAUACAGAGAAAUCAGUACACCGCAAAGCCUUUCAACCACUACUCCAGCUGAAAUGCAAACACCUAAAAAGUUGUCUUUGGAACCAAGGAACGGGAUAUCACCAGUAAAGCCUGGCGAGUUUGAGGCCCAUGAUGAACUAGCUGUGGCCCUAUCAAGAGGCCUGGAACUUGAUACCCAGAGAUCCAGUCGGGAAUCAAUCCAGUGCUCCAGCGGAUACAACACUCAGACGAAUACACCCAGCUGCUCUGAGGAUACAAUACCCUCACAAGUCUCAGAUUACGACUAUUUUACAAUGGCCGGGGAGCAGGAUCCUGAACAACAGCAGUCAGACUUUGACAAGUCUUCCACUAUCCCUAGAAACAGUGACAUUGGCCUGUCGUACCGACGCAUGUUUCAGACCAAGAGGCCCGCCUCAACUGCCGGCCUGCCCAGUCCACAGGCUCCAUUUCCUGUACAGGGGAGCUACACCAAUGGAGCCUGUCCUUCAACACCCACCAAUACAUAUACAUCGAAUGGGCCUUAUCCAGCUACCCCUACAGGUAUUUCAAAUCAGGGGUAUUACUCUGGAUCCCACAAUGUUCCUGGAUCCUAUUCUACAGGCCAAGGUCCAAUUAUAGUCACCCCAGGUGUGGCCACAAUCCGCCGCACCCCAUCCUCCAAGCCCUCUGCCCGCCGUUCAGGCUCAGUUGUAGGUACAGGUCCCAUUCCUAUUCGUACGCCAGUCGUGCCAGUCAAAAUUCCAACAGUUCCCGACACAUUGGUGGUAAAUGGGAGCAGGAGUGUAGAAGAGAUUGCAGGGAGCCCAGACUCUACCACAUUUCCACAAGGUGACAAUGGAGUGCUGCCAGUGGCAUCUUGGAGCGGCCAGGCAUCGACCAAUCCUCCCACAGUCCCGCUGCCCAACCAACUGGCCGAGCAGCACCCGCACAGUGAGCUAGGAGGAAAUGAGGCAGGAGACGAGGCAGAUGGCAACAUGUUGGUGGCAAUCCGCCACGGAGUAAAGCUCAAGAGGACCCUCACCAAUGACCGCUCAGCACCUCGGAUUGCCUGAUCACAAUAAGUCAAAAGUGUUUGCGACAGAGAAGAGGGUUCGACUCGUUCAUCUCGUUUCAUUCAAAUAGGCAAAUUUCUCCCGUUACUAUUGUUUGUGAAAAUGUUUCUGCCGAUGAAAUGCCUCUUUAUAUGCUUUAGGAACCAACUAAGCAACUGACCAGAGAGUCUGGUUCACGAUAACUGAAAAAAUUAUAUGAAUGACAUUAACCCAGAAGAGAUGGCAGAAUUCAAUCCACAAGAUGUUGGGAUGGGCUUUUUAUAUAUAGAACUGAAUUGUUUUUGUUGAUUUAAUUCAGUUGCUCGUUAAUUUCUGAGAUUAAAAAAAGUGCCAUUGUUUAGAAUAAAUGGGUGCACAGUACAUGUGUUCACACAAAAGGAGGAUAUUUGAACGCUGGGAGGCAAAGGAAUACGAUGGAGCGCAAUAUCCAAAGGAUGGUUCUAAAAGGUGUCAUGGCAUGAUCCUUAUUUUUUUGGCCAAUCAGUACUUACAGGAUGUUCAAACAGCUGCUGUUUGAUAAACUGCUUUGGUCAAAGCUAUCCUCAGUCUGUCCACUCAUCCACAGAACCAUCAUGUACACACAAGUCUGAGGCGGCCAUUAAGUAUGGACUGAUGUUCUGGAGUGCAGGUUGCUGCUUUUUUGUUCAGAUUCACAAGUGUUUCUCUUUUUCGGCCUGUUUGUUGCCGUAGGUCCUUGUUGCCAAAAAAUGUGUUGCUGUUUUUCACACUUCAUAUUUAUUUAUCAUUUCAUGCUCCUACACAAUGCGCAAUACUUUCUGCAUCAUCCCUUUCAACAGGAUGUGAACGUAGAAGUGCAGUGUUCUCGACAUAAUACUAAUAUGUAUACUGUACAUGCCUGACUUUUUUUGUGCAUUUUUUAGCUAUUAUUCGGCGGUACUCUCACAUAGACCAUACUAAUAAAUGUCAUAUAAAGACAAAUGCAUAUAUUUAACACUAAAAUGUGUUUAUAGAUGUUUUUAGUAAUAUAAAAAAUAUAAAUGCUUUUCUAUCAGUAUCAUACAUUCUAUUUCAAAGCUCAAACUUUGGCGUUGGCACUAUCACAUCAAUGACUAUGGAGACAGGUCAACAGCAAACCUUGUGUGUAAUUUAAGAAAUGCUGUACUUUUUUACGCGAAAAGAUUGCAGCAAUGCGAGGCUUCACUUAACACUUUGUUGGUUUUUAUUUCAGUUCAAGCACUGUGAGACCAUACAUAUAUGAGGCUUGUAAAUAUUGUUGCGCUUUGAAGGCAUUUUAUUUAUUUUUCAAUGUCUUCAGUAUGCUUAACCUCAAAACUGUGGUUCACACCCAUGCAAUCUUUUUUUCUGUCUUUAGUUCUUUUUAGUGUACUUUAGGUCUAUUGUUUCACACCUGCAUUUGCAGUAUAACCUACAUAUUUUGAGAGCUGACUGUUCAGUAAGUUAAAAAAAUGCAAUAAGUACAUUUAGCUGGCCUGAAGGUUUCUUCACAAGCUCAUUUGUAUUUCUUUAGUAAUGUAGACACUUCAUCAGUAUUAUCGAUGAUUUGGAAUAACAUUUAGUAUGAUCUUUAGCCAACACGGUGAUCUAAUAUAACCUAAAGCAACCAAAAAUACUUUUUCUGCAAUCCACUUGUAUAAAAUUUGUAUUAUCCACUUUUGAAUAUUCAUAUUUAAGUUACUAUUAUAACUUCUAUAUCAGAGCUCGUAAUUGUCUGUCCUAUUAAGAAGUUUAUAGUGUAUAUUCUAAGCAGUUACAAGUUGUUUUAGUUGUUUCUAGUACGUUAUUUCACACACUUUGCUUGAGACAUGCCUUCCUGAAUCCUGCACAGUUCAACAUGCAAAUGAUUCACAGAAGUAUCUUUUUUGUGCAAUGACUGUCAGCAAUAUAAUUUUUUUUUUUUU